AUGCCUCAAUUAGUACCUUUUUAUUUUAUGAAUGAAGUAGUAUAUGGUUUUGCUGUAAUAGUAAUAGUACAUUACAUAUUAUCAAAAUACAUAUUACCUAGAAUAAUUAAUUUAUUUAUAUCUCGUUUAUUUACAGUAUUAUUAGCUGACUUAGGAAACGAAUUAUCUUGAUAA